AUGGAGUACCUGGAAAAGCGGUAUGGCAUUCAUGGCACCAUGCCUGUGGAUAUGCACAAUAUGGCACUGUGGGCAAAAAAUCCAGCUCACCCUCAUGUUCCUGGCAUGAUGAGUGAUUUGAUUUUGGGUAUAAACAAUCUGAACAAGCAAAGAUGUGUUCUGGAUUGUCCCAUAGCAGUAGGUUUACCCCUUGAACUGGCUCCCCUAGACAAGGGCCAGAUGGCCUGGCACUGGACCACCAGGGAUUGUCCAUCGGCAGGACCAGGUAUACAUCUUGGCAGCCCAUGGACCUCGGUGUCCCAGGGCGGGGUACUGAUUCCUCCACACCAUGACUCUGAAGGCAGGAAUACCUAUUUCUUUCCAGUCACUGGCAUCCAACUCUGGACACUUCUUUUCCGUAAGAUUACCUGUGAUGGAAAGGUGCCCCUUCAAGCCACAAAAUACCUCUGCAGUCCUCAUGACCUGGAUGAUUAUGAUGCCGAGACCAUGACUGUAUACCCCGGAGGUUUGCUAAUUCAGCCACCAGGCCAAUUACAUGCAGAAUACAAUCCCAAUCCUGCUUUUGCACAUGGGGGUCAUUUUUUCACAUAUGGAAUGCUUCAUCACACACUUAGUUCAAGAUCCCUAGAAGUCACCACUCAAACUCGUGAAUACAUGGAUGAGACCCUCUGGUGGAUGGCUGCUCUCAUUCCCCAGCUACCACCAGAUCAACUGUCAGGCUUGCAUUACUGGCCACUUUUGGCACUUUGUUUCAUGGUUCUUAAGCCCAGAAUGUAUCUGGCACAGCGCCUGUGUCAUAUCCCAUAUGCCAGACAUAGAUCCCAUCAUAUUCCCACGCUUUCCAGACCUAUUUCCGGACCCCAUAUCCGACUCAUUCCUGGAUCCCCUAUCCUGUCCACCCUACACACAUUCUGUCCAGCAAGACAUCUGGACUUUACCUCCUCUCGGAUUCCAGACUACAUCCACCACCUCACAUAUCUCAGUCCUGUUUCUGCCCUGCCUUCCAGAUCCCCAGAUCUCUGGACCUCCGGAUAUUAA